AUGUAUCUUGCGUUUAUUGUGGAGAUGGGCAUGCAUUUGAGAGUUGUCCGUCAAGGAGCUAGUUCAAGCAGAGCACCAAUGCAAAUCAAGACUACAUAUCCACCGGGGUUUUCUCAACAACAACCAAGAGCUCAACCACCUCCUCCUCAAGUGUCGCAAUCAAGCUCGUUGGAGAGUUUAAUGAAAGAAUAUAUGGCCAAGAACGAUGCUGUGAUUCAGAGUCGAGCGGCAUCCUUGAGGAACUUAGAAAUUAAAAUGGGGCAACUAGCUAAUGAGCUAAGGAAUAGACCACAAGGCACCUUGCCUAGUGAUACUGAAAAUCCAAGGAAAGAUGGUAAAGAGCAAUGCAAGGCGAUCACUUUGAGGAAUGGUAAAAAUCUGGAAUUGACUGAUGAGAAUUCAAUUCUUCAGCAAAAUGCAAUAGAGAAGCCAAUGAGCAAGCCACCUCCACCAUUUCCUCGACGUUUUCAAAAGCAGCAACAAGAUGGUCAAUUCCGAAGAUUUUUGGAUGUUUUGAGGCAACUCCACUUCAACAUACCGUUGGUGGACGCUUUGGAACAAAUGCCUAAUUAUGUGAAGUUCUUGAAGGAUAUUUUGACAAAGAAGAGGAGGCUUGGUGAAUUUGAAACGGUUGCUUUGACUGAAGGUCGUAGUGCUAUAUUGAAGAAUAAAAUUCCUCCAAAGUUGAAGGAUCCGGGCAGUUCCACAAUUCCAAUUUAUAUUGGGGGACGAGAAGUUGGUAAAGCUCUUUGUGAUUUAGGAGCAAGUAUUAAUUUGAUGCCCACGUCCAUUUUGAAGAAGUUGGGAAUUGGAGAAGGCCGAGAACAGUGA